AUGACAACAUACAAGAACGACACUAUCUCAGUUGGAGUUUCAGGCUUCCUCCUAAAUUGUUUUGUCAGGUCUCCCAGUUGGCAGCUCUGGCUCUCACUGCCACUCAGCCUCCUCUUCCUCCUGGCCAUGGGGGCCAAUGCUGUUCUUCUGAUCACCAUCCGGAUGGAAGCCUCUCUGCAUGAACCCAUGUACUACCUGCUCAGCCUGCUAUCCAUGCUGGACAUUAUACUCUGCCUGACUGUCAUCCCCAAAGUAUUAACCAUCUUCUGGUUUGAUCUCAAGCCCAUUAGUUUUUCUGCCUGUUUCCUCCAGAUGUAUAUCAUGAACAGCUUUCUUGCUAUGGAAUCAUGCACAUUUAUGAUCAUGGCCUUUGAUCGCUAUGUAGCCAUCUGUCAUCCAUUGAGAUAUCCAUCCAUCAUCACUGACCAAUUUGUAGUCAAGGCUGCUGCAUUCAUUUUGAUCAGGAAUGUCCUUAUUCCUUUGCCCAUCCCUAUUCUUUCAGCACGACUCCAUUACUGUAGAAGAAAUGUCAUUGAAAAUUGCAUUUGUGCCAACAUGUCUGUCUCUAGACUCUCCUGUGAUGAUGUCACAGUCAAUCGCCUUUAUCAGUUUGCUGGAGGCUGGACUCUGCUGGGAUCAGACCUCAUCCUCAUCUUUCUCUCCUAUACAUUCAUACUAAGAGCUGUGCUGAGACUCAAGGCAGAGGGUGCUGUAGCCAAAGCUCUGAGCACAUGUGGUUCUCACUUCAUCCUUAUCCUAUUCUUUAGCACCAUUCUUUUGGUCUUCAUCCUAACACAUGUAGCCAAAAGAAAGGUCUCUCCAGAUGUGCCUGUCUUACUCAAUGUCCUCCACCAUGUCAUCCCUGCAGCCCUUAAUCCCAUUGUUUAUGGCGUGAGAACCCAAGAGAUCAAGCAAGGAAUCAAGAGAUUACUGAAGAAAGGGUGGUAA